UUUAUUAAAAUUUAAAUGGCUUUUAUAUUUUUUUUAGUUUUAAUCUUUAUUGAGUUCUUUCAAAGUUUUUAUUCGGAGAAAAACGCAAUUACUGAGCUCACGCUCGCUAUUUGGGGCGUGGUGAGUGCAACAUCCGGGUACUGGCGGCGCACUUCUGUUUGCACUCAAAUUGAAACACAACCUAGGUCUAAAGUUCAAAAUAGUUUAGUCCCACUGCUGCUCAAAGAAGCUUCGAUCAUCUAUCGAGACAGGCGUUUUACUUCAAAGGAAAAAAAUGAUGAUGCACUGGACUGCAAUGAAGAAAGAUGUACGGAGCGUGCACGUGGUCUGGCUCAAACUCUACUCAAUGUCCCCUAUGGAGAAGGUGAUGGCGAGAGACUGGAUGCCUAUAUUCCCAGCACCAACUCUCUCGAUGUGCCCCUUGUCAUUUACAUUCAUGGAGGCUACUGGCAGUUUCUUAGUAAGGAGGAGUCAGGAUUCAUGGCCGUGCCGCUUGUUGGUAAAGGUGUGGUGGUGGUUGCGGUCGGCUACGACAUUGCUCCCAGAGGUAAUAUGGAUCUGAUGGUGUCUCAAGUGCGCAAGAGUGUUGUGUCUGUCGUCCAACAGUAUUCUCACAUCAGUGGUUUGUACUUGUGUGGCCACUCUGCCGGCGCUCACCUGGCUGCAAUGGUGCUCUCCACCGACUGGUCGCAGUACAGCAUCACACCUCAAAUCAAAGGUGCUUUUCUUGUCAGUGGUAUCUAUGACCUCCUGCCCAUUCUGUCCACCUACGUCAAUGAGCCAUUGAAGAUGACAGAGGAGGUGGCAAUAAGAAACAGCCCCAGCAAGCUGAUCCCUCAGCUGAAACUCUCCUCCUCCUGCUGCCAAAUCGUUGUGGCCGUUGCUGAGAACGACUCGCCCGAGUUUCGCAAGCAGUCGGAAUAUUACUACAAAGCUUUGAAGUCUACUGGGCAGAAUGUGACCAUGGAGGAUGUUCCCAACACGGAUCAUUUUAGUAUCAUAGAGCAGCUGGUUGACGAGGAGUAUCACUUAGUAAAGCUCCUGUUGAAGAUGAUGGGGAAGAGUUGAGGUGGCUCUACCAACAUAUGACCUUAGGAGAAGACGACCCACACUGAUAAAUGUUACAUGUCUGCAUCCGUUUGAACGCAUUUGAACUGCAUUUACAGUAUUUUGUCCAAUUAGGACAACGUGGAGGACUUGUUGCAUUCGUAGUCAUCAAUCGGAAGACACAUUUUUUUGUACACUACAAUUUUUUUGUGAGUAUGUGUAACAGUAUUUGUUACUCAGGUGUCAACAUGGGCCAGAACGAUCUCGGUUCAAUUUUGUUUUGUCUGGGCAUGUGCUGGCUAAGAGAACAAGAAAAUCCAAUGUGAAUGUAGCAUUUCAAUGGCACCUCUGCAGAGCUGCCACAUUCAGGGUUUGAACGUGUCCUAGAUGACAUGCUGUAGUUACACAUUUUAUGCUAAUACAUAUUUGUAUAAUACGAAAGUAAAUGAUGUGCAGAAUAAGUCAUCGCUUUGCACAUAACUGCAUCGUGUUUGCACAUUGUACUAUGAGGGAUUAAUGCAGCUUGUACAAACUAGCAUUCAAAUAAACAUUGAAGAGUAGAAGUUGUGGGACUGUGUGUGUUGAGGUUGAGAAAAGGGGAGCUUGGGGGCUUCUCAGAGCUGACUAGAAUUAGACAAUAUGUAGAAUUAAACAAUGAAUGGACUGUUACUUUAAUUUUGCAGGUUGCCUGGCAACCUUAUCAAGCUUGCUGCUGUUUACACACACAGAAAACACACCUGCACUCUUGAUUGACACAAGCUGCAGCCAGUUAGAUGCCAACACAUCUCACACACACUCAUCCACUCAGGAAAGGGCGGGACCCAAGAAUAGCAUAACAAGGUAGGCAGUUCCAAGUUCGAGGCUUCCUGCUUGAUGAGUGGAGGUACAGUACUGUACUUAGUGACAUCUUCCAGACAAUUUCUUCACAAAAAAAUUGAAAAUGAAAUGUGUGUCUGGCUGAUCUCUUCUCGGGAAAAAGGAACUUGAACGUUUCAUGGUACUUGAAGGAUUUGUGUACAGCAAUAAAAUUAUUUUCCAUUCUGUUUGUGUUGUAUUUAAUAUAUUUUGCUUGUCUGUUGUAAUAUUUUCUAUCUUUUGUGGCAAUGUCUAACUGAAUGUAGUUUUCUCAAAUAGUCUUUGAAAAGAAAAACUAGUAUUGUGAAUUUGUAAUUGUACUAACAGUAAGAAUAAAGGCGUGU